GGUUUUCAGGUACUUGUAUACGCAAACCGUUGACCACGUGCCAAUGUGAGAAUAUUCUCCACACUUACUAGGCAUGUAUGAAUGUACCAGGAUAGUUUGGGCUUGGAUUCAGGGUGUCAGUGGGAGAUCGACGCAAAGCACCGAGAGGGCGAUGUCUUGUUGUGUGCGACGAAGGCCUAGUCAGCCUUGUUUUUGGAUGAGAUUUGUCAUCUGCUUCGGCGAAGCGGGAAGGCAGAUGGACGAUUCAAACAGCUGGGCAACGAAGGAUAAAGCAACGGGUGGCAGUUUUGCUAUGCGAGCAGGACAAGGAGGAAUGAACAGGCUUCGUAUAUUCCAGAUUUUGAUCGUCAAUGGAGAAUCAAUUGGUGUGGUACCGAUGGUACGGCCCGCUCCAGAACCACCGCCAAGGUUUGAUCGACGCGAUUUGGAUUUUGCUUAUUUAUCUUUUCUGCAUUUUAAUUUUCAGGUUAAGACGUUUGUGUUUUGUUGUUAUUUUAUUUUAUGUUGUAAGACUCUUGCAUUAGGUUUGGGGAAUGAGAGGUCUACGGUAAUCAUCAUUGGUUGUAUCUGUAUAUUGCCCAAUUUAGGUCUAGUGAGUUAUAUUGCUUUGUCAAAUGUGAUUAACUCAGAGUCUCGGCCAAGGGCGGAUGGUUACAUGUGGUUCUUUUGUUAUCAUGUACCUCUGCUGAAUGCUAUUUUAUUAAUCUAAAGCCACUUUGACGAUAAAAAAACAUAUUUUUG